CACUUGUCACUCAAACGCAACAAGGAAAAGCUACGAAGAGGCGGCAGACGGACAAAAACAAGUGUUAGCAGCGACACUGUGGGAUUCAGAGCACAUUUCUAAAUGUUUGGUUUGGUUUACAUGGCCGGACAAUCUUCCGGUACCUGCGACAACCUCUACAAGAUGUCGCGUGUGAUGAAAUAACGCAGAAAGGCCUGCUUCAGUGUCCCGGAGCUUCAGAAGAAUGUCGACGAAGGAGGGUGGAGAAGGUAAAAAUGGUCCAUUUUUGGCCUUGUCACCUGAAAGAAUGGCCACAGACAAAAACAGAGACAACCAGUGUCCGUCCAGAGUCGAAGCGACAUGUGACGCCACAGACACCAGCACUGCAGCCAAAAACCUGGCUAUCCUCAAAGCUCACUCUCUGGAUGUGAAGUUUGAUGUGGGCGAAGAGUAUGAUGUCAUAGAAACCAUCGGCACUGGGGCUUACGGUGUUGUCUCCUCUGCUAGGAGACGUGACAAUGGCCAGCAGGUGGCGAUAAAAAAGAUCUCCAAUGCUUUCGAAGUGGUGACGAAUGCUAAGCGAACUUUGCGAGAACUGAAGAUUCUGAAGCACUUCAAGCAUGACAACAUCAUCGCCAUCAAAGACAUCCUGCAGCCCAACCUUCCUCACUCGGCCUUUAAGUCUGUGUACGUGGUACUGGACCUCAUGGAGAGCGACUUGCACCAGAUCAUACACUCUGCCCAGACGCUCACACCAGAACACACGCGCUACUUUCUGUACCAGCUCCUCCGUGGCCUUAAGUAUGUGCACUCUGCCAACGUCAUCCACCGUGACCUCAAACCCUCCAACCUGUUAGUGAACGAGAACUGCGAGCUGAAGAUCGGUGACUUUGGCAUGGCUCGGGGUCUCAGCUCGCACCCCGAGGAGUCUCAUUCCUUUAUGACUGAAUAUGUUGCGACGCGAUGGUACCGUGCUCCUGAACUGCUGCUGUCUCUCAAUCACUAUAGCUUGGCCAUUGACUUGUGGUCUGUGGGCUGCAUCUUUGCUGAAAUGUUGGGGCGGAAACAGCUUUUUCCUGGAAAACACUACGUCCAUCAGCUCCAGUUGAUCUUGUCUGUGUUAGGAACUCCUCCUGAGGGCUUGAUUGGUGCUAUCAGAGCUGACAGAGUGCGCUCCUACAUUCAGAGUCUUCCGUCACGCUCAGCUGUGCCUUUAGCCAAACUCUACCCACAGGCUGAAGCGGAGGCUUUGGACCUGCUCAGGGCCAUGUUGCACUUUGACCCCCGUGAACGAAUCAGUGUGACACAAGCGCUGGAACACCCGUACCUGUCCAAGUACCAUGACCCAGAUGAUGAGCCAGUCUGUGUGCCAGCUUUUGACUUUGAGUUUGAUAAUCUGUCCAUGAACAAAGAGCAAAUUAAAGAGGCAAUUCUAAUGGAGAUCCAGGACUUUCAUAGAAACAAGAAGAUCACUCAUCAGAGACUGCAGUUCAGGCCUUUGGCGCGGGGGAAUGGCAGAGCGGCAGCACAAAGUACGAACCAACGUAAAGCCCAGGACUCCCUGGCCAAAACCACACUGGUUCCCAUGGCACAACACCCCCAAGCAGCACAGUUACAACAACAGCAGCGGCAGAUGAGAGAAAUGGAAUCUCAACAAGACCACAGACCACCGAAAGGGAACUAUGCAUUUACUAAAGUACUGCAAACCUUCAAUAAGCCCCCAUCACUUCUACAGGCUACCCUGCCUCAUCAUUUGCCUCUUCUCUCCAAAAAUGAAAGUGGCCCAGUCGACGUAGACAUGCCCAGUGCCAAUUCAGACAGCGACCAGCCAGAGACCAUAGAUUUAACAACACCAGUGUCCACUCAAGAAGCACCCUCACAAACCAUAGGAAACAGUGAGGCACAGCCACAGCCCACCAGCAGGCCAGCCCCUCUUUCUCAGCACAACCACAACCAGAGCCAGUCCAGGACCCAGGUCCACACCAGUGUCCCUGCGACGCCAGCACAGAUCAUUACACCUCUACCCACUACUGUGCCUUCCCUGUCUCUGUCUGUGGCACAAGCCAAAUCACUGUCUCACUCGCUCUCACAGUCUCUGUCCAAGAAUGCCAGGCCUCCUCCAGCUCAAGGAGAAGCGACAAGAAAAGAAGGAGCCAUUUCAGAGGACACUAAAGCUGCACUCAAAGCAGCUUUAUUAAAUAAAUCCAGGGGUGAUGGAGGAGUGUCUGCACUGGGCAUGGAUCCCGCUGGUGGAGGAGGAGGAAUGCUGUCCUCCCUGUCGUCUUUUCAGGACUCUCGCCGGCCCGUCACGGCCCAAGAGCGUCAACGAGAGAGAGAGGAGAAGAGACGGAAGAGGCAGGAGCGAGCGAGAGAGAGGGAGAGGAAGAUGAAGGAGAAGGAGAGGAGGGAGGGGAAGCAGGGGGACUCGCUGGGCGGCGUCCUCCUGAGUGACAAUGACAAAAGUCUUUUGCAGAGGUGGACAAAGAUGAUGGACAGCCGCACUGAGAGGAGCGUUGACAAGGACUGCAAUGUAAAGUGGGCUGUAGCAAGUAGUGAUGGCACUCAAGCAACUCUGAAUAAUAACACUGAUAAAGACGUGAAGAAGGUUCAGCCACAUGAACAGAAACCCGUCCAGACAAGCUUGUUUCCGCCGCCCAGCGCUCCAUCACUGCUGUUCUCCAUGAGCCAGAGGAAACCAGCAGAUGCAGUUGUUACUGUAGGUGGAGGGAUCGAUGCAGCGACCAGUGACUUUGUUAAAAACAACAUGCUCAAACCUCAGAGCAACGGACAGAGUGCUUUCAGCUGUCUAGGGAACUGGAGCGGCCAACAGUUGGAGGCAAGGCAACACAUGAAGCAGCAGCAGCAGCAGCAGCAGCAGCAGCAGCCUCUGCCGUCGAGCUUCCUCCAGCCGCAGCUCCAAACUCAACCUCAUCCCCACACUCAGUCGCAGCUGCUUCCACUGGAGACUUUUUUGACCAAAGUCCCAUCAUUAACCAGCCAAGAGACAAAUGGUAAUGUAGACAUCAGAGCUCACAAUAACCUCAACAACCACCCAAUGACAAGGGCCGGGCCCCUAGAUAAGCUGUGUCCCACAGCGGCAGAGAAAUCAGGGCCACAGGCUGCAAACCCUCUUCGUGGGGCUUUAGGAGUCCCCACUCAGCUUCAGCCCAGUGUGGGUUUCACAGACACGGGACAACAGGGGUCCACCAGCACCGCUGACAUCCACACAGUAACACUACAGCUCUCAAAGUCCCAGGUGGAGGAUAUUUUACCUCCGGUGUUCUCAGUCACCCCUAAAGGCAGUGGUGCUGGAUACGGUGUGGGCUUCGACCUGGACGACCUUCUCAACCAGUCUCUCACAGACCUGCAGCACUGUGACCGAGACAGUUUUGACUCCGCCCCCCUCUCAGCCUCCCUCUUAUCUGAUUGGAGUGAGGUUCACCGCAUGACUCCCGCUGAUCUGGAGUCUCUGCAGCAGGAGCUGCAGCUGGGCUCUCCCAUGAUCCUCUCUGAUAGCAUUCCUCCCGACACCUGACUUCCCCUCUCCGGAGGUUUGAAGUUGUGUAGAAGUGCCAAAUUAAUUUAACUAGAUUUAUACGAUACUAUAAUUUAUAAUAGUUUUUUUUUUACUUUAGAUUUAUACAAGAUUUUGUUUAGGUACCGUACAGUCUUUUCUUUUUACCGUUACGACGACACGUCUGUGCACCAGACGUCGUCUUUUCCAUAUUCAAAUGAGUCUGAUGAUUUUUGAUUUCUAUGCUCAAACACACAAAAUUAAAAGGAGGAUAUGGAACUUGUGA